AUGGCUAAUAACCAGUCCGUGGAGGUCCACAAAAAGAAAUGGGUCAUUUUCUGUUCCUCUGAAUGGCCAACUUUCAAUGUCGGCUGGCCACAAGAUGGAACCUUUAGCCUUGAUGUUAUUUUACAGGUAAAAGCCAAGGUGAUGAACCCAGGCCCACAUGGGCACCCUGAUCAGGUGGCCUACAUUGUGACCUGGGAAGCCUUGGCCUACGACCCACCUCCUUGGGUCAAACCUUUUGUUCUCCCUAAGCCAUUCUUGAAAGAACCUUCUGCCCCUACCCUUCCUCCUCCCCUCCUCCCAACCCCGGCUAAACCACAUACUCAAUCUUCUCUUUACCCGGUUCACACCAAGCCUUUGCAGCCUGGAGGGAAAAACGAAAGGACCCCAAUGGCAAGGACGGUCCUGCCUCCUGGAGAUGAAUUAUUAAUGGACCUAUUGGACGAACAACCCACGCCAUACCAAGGACCCGCUCCACCAGAGGAAGCUGCCCCAACUGCGGCGGCCCCGGACCCCGCACCCCCAGCCACGUCCCCAAUAGCUGGACAACUGCGUGGACGCCGGGAACCCCCCCCAGAUUCCACCUCACAGGCUUUCCCCCUCCGGAUAGGGCCAAAUGGCCAACCUCAAUACUGGCCAUUCUCAGCCUCCGAUCUUUAUAACUGGAAACAUAAUAACCCUCCCUUUUCCAAGGACCCCACCAUGCUAACCUCUCUUAUUGAAUCUAUUUUGGUCACUCACCAGCCCACCUGGGAUGAUUGCCAGCAAUUAUUACAGGCUUUAUUAACCAGCGAGGAAAAGCAGCGAGUCUUUCUGGAGGCUCAUAAGAGGGGAGCCACCGGAAGAAAACGUUACCGAUGGACUACGGACCGGAAAGUGCUACUGGCUACUGGUAAGGUGACUCAUUCCUUUUUGCAUGUGCCUGAUUGCCCCUACCCGCUAUUGGGCAGAGAUCUUCUCACUAAAUUGAGAGCACAAAUACAUUUUGAGGAAGCAGGGGCUCACGUUACAGGCCCCCAAGGGGAGCCCCUCCAUGUCCUAACCAUCAAUUUGGAAGAUGAAUACAAGCUAUAUGAGCCAGGAGAACAUGAGGAACCCCAAAAAUUGACCACCACGUUUUGGCUAAAAGAAUUUCCCCAGGCUUGGGCCGAAACCGGGGGCAUGGGCUUGGCAAUUCGGCAACCCCCUUUGAUCAUUGCUUUAAAGACCAUGGCUACCCCCGUGUCAAUUAAGCAAUAUCCCAUGUCCCAAGAAGCCUACCAAGGAAUUAGACCACACAUUAAGAGACUCCUGGAUCAAGGGGUUCUGAUUCCUUGCCGGUCACCAUGGAACACCCCUCUCCUCCCAGUCAAGAAACCCGGCACGGGCGAUUAUUGGCCGGUGCAGGACUUGAGAGAGGUCAAUAGGCGGGUGGAAGACAUUCACCCCACGGUCUCCAACCCCUACAAUCUACUGAGUGGACUUCCACCCUCCCAUAGCUGGUACACGGUACUGGAUCUCAAGGAUGCUUUCUUUUGCUUAAGAUUACGCCCAGGUAGCCAGCCCAUCUUUGCCUUCGAAUGGAAGGACCCAGAAAUGGGGCUUUCUGGGCAAUUGACAUGGACCAGGCUCCCACAGGGGUUUAAAAAGAGCCCCACCCUCUUUGAUGAGGCCCUACACAGGGAUCUGGCUGACUUCAGAAUUCAGCACCCGGACUUGAUCCUGCUACAAUAUGUUGAUGACUUAUUGUUGGCAGCAAAAACAGAAGCUGAAUGCAGGGAGGGGACCUCUGCUUUACUAAGAACCUUAGGAACUCUUGGUUACCGGGCCUCUGCAAAGAAAGCCCAGAUUUGUCAACAACAAGUCAUAUACCUAGGGUAUCGACUCCAGGAGGGACAGAGAUGGCUGACUGAGGCACGUAAGCAGGCCAUCCUGAACAUCCCCGUCCCCAAGGGACCCCGUCAGCUGCGGGAAUUCCUGGGGACCGCUGGAUACUGUCGCCUUUGGAUCCCCGGGUUCGCAGAAUUAGCAGCCCCCCUUUACCCGCUUACCAAACAAGGGACACUCUUUACCUGGGGGGAGGCCCAACAAGAGGCCUAUAUGAACAUUAAGAAAACUUUGUUGGCCUCACCAGCUUUGGGCCUCCCAGACCUGACCAAACCGUUGGAAUUGUUUGUGGAUGAGAGUCGGGGCUAUGCCAAAGGAGUCCUAGUCCAAAGACUGGGACCCUGGAGACGGCCUAUAGCAUACCUCUCCAAAAAGUUGGACCCUGUGGCCUCAGGAUGGCCCCCUUGUCUCCUCAUGGUGGCAGCCAUAGCGGUCCUAACAAAGGACGCUGGUAAACUGACCUUGGGACAGCCACUGACUAUCCUGGCACCCCAUGCGGUAGAGGCUCUGAUUAAACAGCCUCCGGACCGCUGGCUGUCCAACGCACGCCUGACCCACUAUCAGGCAAUGCUCCUAGACACUGACCGAGUGCGGUUCGGCCCAACAUUGGCACUCAACCCCGCCACCCUGCUUCCACUGCCGGAAGGACCAGACCAACACGACUGUCUGCAGAUCCUGGCGGAAGCGCAUGGAACCAGGCCAGACCUCAUGGACCAGCCCCUCUCAGAUGCGGACUUCACCUGGUACACAGACGGGAGCAGCUUCAUGGAGGAUGGAGCCAGAAAGGCGGGGGCGGCGGUGACCACCGAAACCGAGGUAAUUUGGGCAGAGGCCCUCCCACCAGGGACCUCAGCUCAAAGGGCUGAACUUAUUGCUUUUACCCAGGCACUCCAGAUGGCGAAAGACAAGAGACUAAAUGUCUAUACAGACAGCUGAUAUGCUUUCGCCACUGCCCAUAUUCAUGGGGAAAUCUAUCGGAGAAGAGGACUGCUCACCUCAGAGGGGAGGGAAAUUAAAAACAAAGCUGAGAUUUUGGCCUUACUUAAGGCCUUAUUUUUGCCCCGAAAACUGAGCAUCAUUCAUUGCCUGGGGCAUCAAAAAGGAGAUGCCCCAGAGGCAAGGGGAAAUAGACUAGCGGAUACAGCUAGUAUCCGCCCGGGAGGCUGCAAAAGGCCUGACCUCGAUGGCCUCCCAAGCCUUUCCCCUCCAACCAGAGGCAGAAGCCUCCCCUGAAACUCCAAGCCAUGGCUUGUUCCGAUACACUAAGGAGGACACUGAUUUACUAAAAACCUUGGGGGCAUCCUUUGACUCCACAAAAGGACGCUGGGUCUAUGCAGGAAAGCCAGUAAUGCCCAUCGGACAAACUUUUGAAUUAAUAUCCUACCUGCAUAAAUUGACCCA